AUGGGUUGCGGUGCUUCAAAAGUUGACAAGGAGGGGCAGGCGCGCAAUGAUGCCAUUGAGGCACAGCUGAAAAAGGACCGUCUGGCCCAGAAGAAUGAAAUCAAGAUGCUCCUUCUCGGUGCCGGAGAGUCGGGCAAGUCCACCAUCCUCAAGCAGAUGAAGCUCAUCAACCAUGGGUCUUACUCUUCAGACGAGCGCGAGUCGUACAAGGAGAUUAUCUUUUCUAAUACCGUCCAAUCGAUGCGCGUCAUGCUCGACGCCAUGGAGCGUCUUGAUAUCCCCCUCGCAGAUGGCAGCAACGCACCACGCGCCGAGAUCAUUCUUGGCCUUUCACCAAGCAUCGAGUCCGCCGUUCUUCCCCGAGAAGUCGCCGACGCCAUCCACGGCCUGUGGGCCGACGGAGGUGUCCAGGCGUGUUUCGCCCGAAGCCGCGAGUACCAGCUCAACGAUUCGGCCAAGUACUAUUUCGACUCGAUCCAGCGCAUGGCCGAGCCCGGCUACCUCCCCACUGACCAAGACGUGCUGCGUUCGCGUGUCAAGACCACCGGCAUCACAGAAACGCAUUUCAAAAUUGGAGAGCUCAAUUACAAGCUCUUUGACGUCGGAGGUCAGCGUUCGGAGCGUAAGAAGUGGAUUCACUGCUUUGAAAACGUCACUGCCAUCAUCUUUUUGGUCGCCAUCUCGGAGUACGACCAGCUGCUGUACGAGGACGAGAAUGUGAACCGUAUGCAGGAGGCGCUCACGCUGUUCGACAGCAUUUGCAACUCGCGCUGGUUCGUAAAGACUUCGAUCAUUCUGUUCCUCAACAAGAUUGAUCUCUUCAAGCAGAAGUUGCCCAUCUCGCCCAUGGCCGACUACUUUAGCGACUACACGGGAGGUUCCGACUACAACUCGGCGUGCGAGUACAUUGUCAACCGCUUCGUCAGCCUCAACCAGAGCGACGCCAAGACCAUUUACACACAUUUCACCUGCGCCACCGAUACCAGCCAGAUCAAGUUUGUCAUGUCGGCCGUCAACGACAUUAUCAUCCAGGUCAACUUGCGGGAUUGCGGUUUGCUCUAA